UCACCCGGACGGAAGUACCGUUGCACAUCACACCACAGACACUGGCUGGCCAGUGACAUAUUGAAUGGCAGCGGGAGCCCUUUGGAGUCCAUUUCAUUAGAGGGGGUUUUGGAUAAACAGUGAACCAUGCCUACCGUGGUCUUAAUGGACGUGUCUCUGUCCAUGACACGGCCGGUGUUACCGGAUGGCAGCGAAGAGUUUCAAAGGAAGAACCUGGCAGUCCACGGACUCAAUAUGUUGUUUGAACACAUGGCCUCCAACUACCGCCUGGAGUUCACGUCACUGAUGGCAUUUUCUUCCCUCUGGGAGCUGCUGGUGCCUUUCACCAGGGAUUACAACGCGUUACAGGAGGCUCUUAGCAACCUAGAAGACUAUGACAAGACCUGUGUGGAAUCAGCUCUGCAUGGAGUUAGUAACGUGGUUCAACAGGAGUGGGGUAGUGCCUGUCCCUGCCAGGUGGUGCUGGUUACUGAUGGAUCUCUUGGUAUUGGAAAGGGCUCCCUACGGCACUCCCUCCAAACGCUGAAGCAUCGCGGGGAUGAAAAGAAAUUCCCUCUUCCUUUCCCUUUCCCCACCAAACUGUUCAUCAUGUGUGUAGCCAAUUCAGAGGAGUUGCAGAUGACUGAUGCCAUGGACAAUUUGGAGGAGCUACUUCGUCUCAGUGGAGGCGACGGACAGAUCUUCACUGUCGAGGGUCCACUCUGCAUGAAGAGUGUGCAGGCCAUGUUUGGGCGGCUGAUUGAUCAUGCAUACUCUCCCUUCCAUGCGGUCCUACACUGUGGGAAUCUGUCCUCAGACGUUCAGGUGUUCCCUCGACCUGAGCCGGUCGUGGUAGAUGAUGAGGUGGAGCCCAUGCCCCGAACAGUCAGUACAGAUUUGGAAAUUGUGGGCUUCAUUGAAAUUGCUGACAUUUCCAGUCCUCCCGUCAUAUCCAGACACUUGGUACUACCCAUUGCUGUGAAUAAAGAAGUGGAUGACGUCGGUACAGGAGCUACAGAGGAGCUCGAGGAGGAACCUUCUGCCAGUCAGAUGGCAGGCAAAAGUCCAAACUUCUGCGUACUUCUGCACGGAAGUCUGAAGGUCGAGGGCAUGGUGGCGCUGGUCCAGUUGGGGCCAGACUGGUAUGGUAUGCUUUACUCUCAGGCAGACAGCAAGAAGAAAUCAAACCUGAUGAUGUCUCUGUUCGAGCCGGGUCCAGGGCCUCUGCCCUGGCUGGGAAAGAUCUCACAUUUGGGACCAAUCUCAGAGGCUGCAGAAAAUCCCUACGGUGAGGAUGACAGUAAAAGUCCUUUCCCUGUGCAGCCCCCGGUCAAACGAAGCUAUGCCCAGAAUGUAACUGUGUGGAUUAAAGCCAGCGGACUACAGACGGAUGUCCAGAAGAUCUUGAGGAAUGCCAGGAAAUUGCCAGACAAAACUCAGACCUUCUAUAAAGAGCUGAAUCGUCUGCGGAAGGCUGCUUUGGCUUUCGGUUUCUGGGAGCUCCUGAAGGGAGUGGCCGACCUGCUGGAGAGAGAGUGCACCCUGUUGCCAGACUCGGCCCAUCCUGACGCCGCCUUCCAGCUCUCGCACGCUGCUCAGCAACUCAAACUAGCCAGCACGGGCGACUCGCAGUACGCUGCCUUCGAUCACAACAUUGCUCCCAUGUACACCGACUUCUCCAGUUGAGCCAAAUGAAUUGGUAUGAAUGGACUAAUACCCAGCAGCCUCGGCCAGUCAGCGGGGAUGUAUCCUGACUGUUGUUGAAGAAAGGGGCUACUUCGAGUGUAAAUUAAUUCAAAGAAUGUUGGCGUGUACAUACUUUUUUUUUUUUUUACAUGUUUUGUUGCAUCGUCUUUUUCACAUACUAAACAGAGUUAAAUUUCAUUUUUAUUCAGUGUCAGAUAGGUGUCACAUUUACAGGAAACCAGUGAAACGACUGUUAUUGUUACUGUGACUUUCAAAACAAUAAAACAGCAGAGUGGGAAACCAA